GUCAGACUGUACAGUAGCCACCGAACUGCACCCAACCACGACCAAGGUCCAAAAGCGUCGACAUUCCUCAAGAUUUCCAUGGCCCCGACGACCGUCCCCACUGCUUCGGCAAUCGAAGUACCUGAAACCCUCUUGAAGAAGAGGAAACAAAAUGAAAAGGCUCGUGAAGAGCGUCUAGCUGCCGCUGUUGCUGCCCGCAAGGCAUCGAAGGCCAAACGAACAGUCAUCUUCAAGCGUGCUGAGACCUAUGUGAAGGAGUAUCAAGCGAAGGAAAGGGAAGAGAUCAGACUGAAGAGGGCAGCACGGACGGCUGGCGACUUUUACGUCCCUGCUCAGCCCAAAGUAUACUUCGUGGUUAGGAUUCGGGGUAUCAACGAAAUUGCUCCCAAGCCCCGAAAAAUUCUCCAGCUUCUCCGACUCCUACAGAUUAACAAUGGUAUCUUUGUCAAGGUCACGAAGGCUACCCAGCAAAUGCUCCGUCUCGUUGAGCCUUAUAUCACCUAUGGCGAGCCCAACCUCAAGUCCGUGCGUGAACUGAUCUACAAGCGCGGCUACGGCAAGGUUGACAAGCAACGUAUCCCUCUUGCCAACAAUGCCGUUAUCGAGGAGGCUCUUGGCAAAUACAACAUCCUCUCCAUCGAAGACCUUGUCCAUGAAAUCUUCACUGCUGGCCCCAACUUCAAGCAGGCCUCCAAUUUCCUGUGGCCUUUCAAGCUCUCCAACCCCAACGGUGGUUGGAGGACACGGAAGUUCAAACAUUUCGUCCAGGGUGGUGACUUUGGUGAUCGUGAGAGCAACAUCAACUCCCUCAUCCGGCAAAUGAACUAAGGGUCCUUCAUGGAGUGCGGUUCGGCGUCGUAUUUUUACUAUAUGCUUGUAUGUCCCAUGCCAUGUUAACAAUGCAUACAGUCAUCUCAAGGGCCAAUUUUGUUACCUCGUUCUUUUUGAACCAUUGUCGUCAUGAGACGAGGCGGCUUGAAAUGGCUUCGUACGAUAGUUGUU